AAAAGCUGUUCGGUUCUCCCGCGAGUUUUAAAAGCCGAAAUCAAAGAAAUAUUACUGAAUGGUGUAUUCCAAUUUGGGCAUUUCUGAAGGAUAUUACUUCAAGGAUGGGAAGGGUAAAGUUGAAAAUACAGAGAUUGGAGAGCCUGAGCAGCAGGCAGGUUACUUAUGGGAAAAGAAGGGCAGGAAUAUUGAAAAAAGCCCAAGAAAUUUCGGUUUUAUGCGACAUUGAUAUUAUUCUUCUUAUGUUUUCUCCGACUGGGAAGCCGUCUAUUUUCCGAGGACAAAGAAGCAACAUUGAUGAAAUGAUUACAAAAUACGCUCAACUCACACCUAAAGAACGGGCAAAAAGGAGGUUGGAGAGUCUCGAAACUUUAAAGAGAAACUUCAAGAAGCUUGACCAGGAUGUCGAUAUAGAGGAGUUUCUUGAUACAAGUACUCCGUCAAUAGAGGAAAUGCAAAACCGAUUAAGGAUGCUGCAAAGCCAACUUGCUGAAUUACAUAAACGAAUAAGCUGGUGGGCGAAUCCCGACAAAAUUGAAGAUAUUGAACACCUUAAUCAGAUGGAAAACUCGUUGAGGGAAACACUAAACAGAACUCGCAUGCAUAAGGAGGAAAAGUUUUUGAAGGACACGCAUAUUCCAUUCGAUUGCACAAACCAGUUCCAAACGGGGAUGCAGUUUCCCAUAGCGACGACGAGUGAUCAGGGUUGCGGAAACCAAUCAUGGCUUCCGGGUGGCGAUAGUCAACAUAUGAUACUACCAAACGAGCCCCAUUUCUUGACUACUCGAGAUAUGGAGUGCACGAGGGAUGCAUCGUUUCCGACAUGCUCCGGCUACUUUGGCGAUUUGAAGGAACACAUAAAUAUCGACAAUUCAAGAGAAUUGAAAAACGAUAGACACGACGGCAUAACUAUUGACGACUACACGUACUCCGCCAGCUUGAGGCUCCCGAUUCCCGACCAAUACCAAUACCAUUCGUUCGGAAACCUAAGCUUCCCGGAGUUGAUGGUGGACCCUACGAAAGAGGCGAAUUUCCAACCGGGUGCAAUGGAAUAUCAAAUAAACAGUAAUUUCGAACUCCGGGGCUCUGUUGUUUACAACAAUUUUCCGCACGGUUUGGUUCCUUCAGCUGGUUCGUGUGCGAUUUCUAUGCUGAACGAGAACUCUUAUCCACAGCCGCCGAAUUAGUUCAGGUAUUAAGUAGAAGACUGGUUCGUACACAUUUUGCCCCCGGAAGUUUGGAAGAUCUUUUAUUGCAAAAGUUACUUCGUACGUGCUGUUGCUCGAGAUGUACCUAUUUAACCUCCUCGGACUGCGAAAUUAGAUUCAAUAAGAAAAUGCUGCCUAUAAACAGACAUGUGUGUUUGCCAAUUUCCUUUCUUACAGGUUUUUAGUUCAGCCCGUCGAAUCCUAAACUGAUUUGACGGCUCGAGCAACGGUGGGAAAAAAAAUAAUAAAGAAAAUAAAGAAAAAUAAAAAAGAAGGAAUUGUGUAGCAACAUAUAUUGUUGUAAUGGCUAAAAAUAAUUAUUGCUAAAUGAUAAAAAAUCCAAUAUUUGGUCCA